AUGAAACACCUCUCCCAUCGGCCUAUUCUCCCGUUUGGUAGCGCUCCCCCCAAUCGGCCGACCCGUGUUAAUCCAACCGGGUUUCAAGCGUGUACAUACUACUAUCAGUGCUCGUAUGCUAAUCGAAUCAGCGGUGGGAGUGGUAUUGUUUUCCCGAAUCGGCCGAUAACGGAGCUCUGCAGUGCAAUUAUACCAAAUUACCCUCUGAAAUUGCAACGGUUCCGUUGUUACCGCCGUCGGCCGAAACUGUAUUCCGGUUACCGCCUCUUUUCAAUUCCGGUGUAUUCGCUCUACAAUCAUCCGGGAUGGAAGACCCCCGCUAGAAAAAAGGACAGAAGAGGAUCAAGGAAAGACCCCCGAGCACAGGAUGGCAUCUUGAAGUACAUGCUAAAGCUCAUGGAUGUCUGCAAGGCUCGUGGGUUUGUUUCGGAUAUUGAAAUUGAUGAGAUAAGAGGUCAGGGAUUGAUAGAGGAGAAAGAUGUGAGUGAUGAAGAGAUUGAUGCAGAGGAUUUGGAGAAGAGAAUGUGGAAGGAUCGUGUGAGGCUGAAGAGGAUGAAGGAAAGACCGAAGCUUGCAGAGAAGCAUAAGGCUGUAUCCUUGACUACGGACCAGGCGCGUCGGAAGAAGAUGGCCCGAGCACAGGAUGGCAUCUUGAAGUACAUGCUAAAGCUCAGUGGAAUUUGGAGAGCUUUGGCGGGAAUCAGCAGCAAGUUAGCGCCUAAUUCUUCACCCAAUUUCGUUUGA